UCCUCCCUCCCCAUUCUCCAUCAUCGAUCUCUGCUUCCUUAGUUCCGCCGCCUCCCCAUUCUCCUUCAUCGAUCUCUGCCUCCUUAGUUCCGCCGCCCUCUCCAGCAACCAAAGUAGUUCGUUUGUCGAGCUAGCGCCGGCCAUGGCCGUCCUCAAGCGACCUGCCGCUGUCCUCGACGCCGGCCACGGCCACGCGACGGCCGCUCAACAUCGACAAUCGCCGUCGUGCUGCAAGAGGAGCCGCGCCUCCAUCGGGAGCACCGACGACUACGAGAAGGUGGCCUGCCUAGGGAAAGGCGGCUUCGGCGUCGUCCACAGGAUGCGCCACCGCGUCACCAAGAAGAACGUGGCCGUCAAGUUCCUCUCCUCGCCCGACGACACCGACGUCGUCAAAGAUCUUGAGCAGGAGGCACGAUUCCUCGAGGCCUGCGACGGAAACCCCUACGUCGUCGGCUUCGAGGGCCUGGUGUGCGACCCAGCAACCGGCGACACCGCAGGCCUCGUCAUGGAGUACGUCGAGGCGUCGAGCCUCUGGUCUUUGCUGUGGGACAGGCGCGAGCGCGACGACCCGCCGCUCCCGGAAUCCACGGUGCGCGACUUCAUGUGGAAGCUCCUGACCGGUGCCGACAAGAUGCACGAGCACGACCGCCACAUCGUCCACCGCGACAUCAAGCCAGCCAAUAUCCUCGUCGGGAAAAACCUGGAGCUCCUUAAGAUUUGCGACCUCGGGCUGGCCAUGUCCAUGGCCGACUGGCCGCCGUACAACCGGGCCGGCACGGCGUCCUACAUGGCGCCCGAGAUGAUCCUGGGGAAGAAGGACUACGAAGCGGUCGUGGAUACGUGGUCCAUCGGCUGCGUCUUUGCCGAACUGCUCACCGGCAAGACGCUGUUCAAUGGCUACCUCGAAGAUGACGACGAAGACGAGACAACGAAUGACAUAAGGCAGCUGUGGAGCAUCUUCUGUGUGCUCGGGAUGCCGGACGAGAGGACGUGGCCGGAGUUCAAGUCGCUGCCGCUCACCGCCGACGUGCUGAAACGGCUACCAGCGGGGUACAAGCACAGCCGGCUCCGGUAUUUGUUCCCUGAAGACAAGCUGUCCGAGGAAGGAUUCCAGGUGUUGCAAGGGCUCCUCACGUGCAACCCCGACGAGCGACUGACGGCAGCCGACGCGCUGAAGCUCCCAUGGUUCGAUGCACCUCGUUCGGUGGCCGCCGCCGCUGCCGCUGCGAAGGUCGACUCUCUGUCGUUUUCGAAAAAGAAGGCACCAAGGAUCAAGUUCAUCCCACCGGCGAUGCCACCACGUGGAACGCAGCGCAACGAGUGUAAUUAGACCCUGUAGAUCAGUAGAUGUAACUGUGCUUGGAUGAGCCAUCAAAGUAGAGGCUGAUCCCUGGUGCCUUGAUCGCCGGAUCGCCCAUUAGUGUUGGCCUGCUUUUCUGAAUUCUAUGUGUCAUUGUGCACAUGUUCAGAGAAUCAGAGAUGUGUAGUUGUGAAGUUGUUUUCAGAGAUUACAUUCGAGUGCUGACAUGUUGUUUACUACUCCUACAUGCUCAAUUGUUGAGUUAUACUGCACAAUCUCCGUUGU